AUGGGGAAGGCAGGCAAGGGCACUGGCUCCUUCGGGCGCCGCCACGGAAAGACCCACUUUCUGUGCCUGCGUUGUGGGCGGCGCUCUUACCACGUGCAGAAGAAGACCUGCGCCUCUUGCGGAUAUCCCUCGGCAAAGAAGAGGACCUACAACUGGUCCGAGAAGGCGAAGCGCAGGCACACCACGGGCACGGGCAGAAUGCGCUACCUGAAGACUCUGCCCCGCCGCGCGAAGAACCAGUUCAGAGAGGGGACUGUGGCAGUGAGCCAGAGGAAGAAAACAAAAACCCAAAAGUAA